UGCGAAACCACUGACAAAAUGAAAAGGCCAUAAAAUGCUCAGCCUACCUAUGUAGCAGUCUUGGUGCAGAUAGAAAGGCUCAUUACCUGAUACCCGUGUAUUUCUUCCCCUCUUCUAUCCUUCCUCCCUCGUUUUAAUCCCCAACUACUCAUUCUCUUUUCUACCGCCGCUCAUCCUUCUUUACCCUUUCGCUUUGAUUCAUAUCCUUUGUUUUCUCCUGAUUAGCCCCUGCUCUCUCUCGUACAACUGUCUCCCUUUCCCAUCUUGGAUGGAUCCCCCGACCACCGCAGUCCCUGCAUCACCGCACCAUCCUUCCUCCACCCAGGCCACCGACCCAGUAUCGAGCGGUGUUAUCCUGCAGGCAGUGGGUGACCUCCGCAAAAAGGAAGAUGCCGUAGUAGAAACCGCCGCUCCUGGCUCAACUGAGGCCACAAACCCCGUUUCGAGUGAUGCAGUCGAACGAUUGCUUGCGGCACAUCGGAAGGAGAAGGGUGAAAAUCCAUUAGCCGGCGAAGUGCUCACAGAUGUAGAAUUGUUCCCGAUAACGCAGCUCGAUACAGGGCACCUUUUGUGCCGCGUCCUUGUUGUUGAGGAGCAGGGAGCGCUGCAGGUCCCAGGGGCAGAGAAAAUUGAAAUCCGCGGUAAAAUUCAAUACCCUGGAAAGGAGGGGAAGUGCGAAGUAGAAAGUUGGGAUAAGGGCAAAGAUGAUAGGGAUGAUAAGAGUGGUGUGAAAGUGGAAAAAGAAGACGGUAGAGAGGAAAGCCGGGAUAAGAGAGAAAGAGAAAAUGGGCAAGGAGAAAAGGGGCAUAGGAAAAACGAGGAGAAAAAGACGGAAGCCGAAAGAGAUGACAAUGGUGAAGGAGAUCAGAAACACGUGCGUUUUGCCGAAUGCCUGGCCGUCACGCAGCGUCCGGACGAUAUCUGUUGCACCAUCAACUCGCCUUUGCAGCUCGAGCUUUAUUACGAUUCCCAGAAAGAUUCCGUCCAGGCAGUCUCCAAGCACGAGGCGGAGAUCCAGAUCGAGCCCAUCACUCCCGAAGACGAGAGCCGAGAGCCGGGCGAGACCCGUAUCCUCGAGAGAUUCGACUACAGACCUGUCGGCCCUGGCGCAUGGCGGUUCAGCUCAACGGACGGCCUCCGGUCUCUACAGAUAGUCGUAUUCCCGCGCCGGCAUUCCUUCGCUCUCGUAAAGCUCAAAACCCUAUCGGUCACGGCGGGCGCCAAACGAGAUGCGCCGCCAGAGGACCUCACCCAGGAGGCGGCCGAGAUGGAGCCCGUGGCGAGCAACGAGAUCAUCAAGAGGCUCGACUCGCUGGCCGAGCUUGGCGAAGGCCAGAUGUUGCACGUUAUGAACAACGAAGCAAAGGAGUACUCACUUUUCCGGAUGGGCUUAAUGGGGAAAACGCGCUCGGCCCAGGUGUUUCAGGCCAGGCACUCGGAUUUUCCCGACAAGAUGGUGGUUGUCAAGGCUUUUAUGUACGCCAAUAGAUACAGCGCCGUGGACCGCGGGAAGCUAUGGAAGGCCGAAUACAGCAUCCACCGCAGGCUGAAAUCUGACUUCAUCGUCGAACUGUUCGGCGGCGAUGCCAGGCUCGAGGCCCUCAUCAUGGAUAAUAUCGACGCCCGCGACCUUGGCAGCAGGCAUUGGUGCGAUGCCAAAGGCAACAAGCACUUCCUGGGCACCCGGGCCCACGCGGUGCGGGUGCUCGCCGACAUCUCGCAGGCGCUCCUCCACCUGCGUCACAAGGGCGUGCUGCACAACGACAUCAAGCCAUCCAACAUCCUCUUCAGCGAGCAGCGCGGCGCCGUCCUCAUCGACUUUGGCCUGGCCACGGUGGACGGAUCCUUGCCCUCGACGGGCGGGACGCCGUGGUACGUACCCCGGGAGUACCUGACGGGCGGCCGCCGGGCGGCGCCGGCCGACGUCUGGGCCCUCGGCAUCGUCGUCGCGUACCUCCUGGGCCACGUGCCCCUACCGGACAGCGAGAGGCAGGUCAGGUCCUGGCCCAUCCGAGACAUCGCGCGGGACCGGGGCCGGCGCGAGCCCCUCCUCCCGCCGACCCCGGCCCAGGGAAGGAUGGCGCGGUGGCUCGGCGUCGUGGAUGCCGUCAGGGAAAGGCUGUUGGGCUCGGAGGACGACCUGCUUGCCGCCUUGGUCGCGCGGAUGUUGAUGGAUGAGAACGACCGGAUGACGGCAGAAGAACUGGCGGCAGCCACUCCUCACAUCACGGCUGUAGAUAGGAUCGGGUAGGUGGAUAGGAAACGGUCAAGAGAUUCAGUAUUGGUGGGGGUGUGCAGUGGCCUGUCGGCUGGUAUUUGCUCGAUAGGCUGGCAAAACUAAGUACAUCAAACAACAUGAUACAUGUCGGUGA